GUACGGUGGUGGGAGGUACCGGGUCGGGAAAUUGGCCUCUCGUAUGACAGGGGUUGCGAGGGUAGUGCAUGCGCAGUUUAUGGAAUGGCCUACGCGUAGCCGCCGCUCAACCCAGGUAGUUUACUAUCAGUCUUUAUCUAUGGUUUACUGUGAUCGGGUAUUGUGGUUAGAAGACUUGCUAAAUUGAAUUUGUGCACGUGGGUUGUCGAAAAGAGGCUGAUAUACGGAAAUACCAAAACUACCUGGAAAGUACUGGUUAUGAAGGCCUUACCAGACGUCGCGAGUGCAAGAAGACCCACUCAAGAUCAAGAUCCCAAUAAACCAGUUCGGCAAAAUGGAUAUUAAUGAUAUACGAAUAUCGCCACUUUUGAGCGUUGCAAAUAGUCCGGAUUUAGUUGUAUAUUUAUUAAGACGAGAAGCUGAUAUUAAGAUCAGAAAUAACCUCGGGGAGACAUUGUUGCAUCUGACCGUUCAAGCUAGAAAUACGGAACUUGUAAACUUUUAUCUUCAGUACGGAUUGUCUGCAAAUGACAAAACACUACGUGGCGAUACGCCAUUAACGUAUGCAGUCCAAAGCGGAUUCGUCGAAAUUAUGGAUCUUCUUCUAGAGUACGGUGCUGAUUAUAAGACGACGAACUCUUUUAAUAAAAAUCUAGGUCAUUUGGCGGUUGCAAAAAACCAAAGAGAAGCAUGCAGGCGGUUGGUCACUCUGGAUAUCAACCUUAACCAACUGGACCGGAACGGAAUCUCUCCAUUACACUCAGCAGCGGGAAGAAACUACUGUGAUAUAAUUAAAAUCCUGAUCGAAAACAAUGCCAAUAUUGACAUACGUAACAAUGCCACUCCGUUGCAUAUGGCAGCUGAUAGGGAAGAAUGUGGAGACGCAGCUGCAGUAUUGUUAGAGCAAGGCGCUGCAGUUGAUGUAGUGACUUAUAAUGGGGACCUUCCUCUGCAUACAGCAGCCGCAUCUGGAAAUAAGCAAGCAGUAAAGCUGCUUUAUCGGAAAUAUUUUCAAAUUCGGAAAAACCGAUGUGGACUCACACCUUUAAUGAUGGCCGAAGCCUUCGCAAAAACGGUCAAUGGUGUGCUUAAUUAAAGAGAUGGAAAUGUGUGAAAGGAUCAGUGCAACCAGUGCCUUAUCUGCUACUAAAGCAGUACUAUUACUAUUACUUAAGAGCGUUUUAUUAAAUUGUUAAAUGUGUAAUUGAAUUAUAACUUUGUGUGUAUUGUAUAAGUAAGUAGCUUUGAUGAGUAUACAUACAUGUAUAUUCCACGAACAUUCAUGUUAGGAAUGUUCACCCAUGUAUAUUCCCGCAAUGUUAUCUAUAUUUUUUUCAACAUUCUGGGAUAUUCAUAGAAUGUCAAAUGCUAUCUGGACGCACGUGUUCGAAUUAUAGAUAUCAAUUAUUAUGAACUCUGUAAUCCGGAAGUUUUGGUAAACCGAACAGGCUCUGUAAAUUUUCUGUUCGGAAUACCCAUACAUUACUUGUGUUGUACCAAUGUAGGUUUGCUAUUAUUUUUACUUGAGCGCAAUGCGCAAGCCGGCGAUAAUGAAUGAACGUAAUUAAACUCCCAACGUUUGUACUUAAUUUAAGUUUAUUCCUCUUUGAAAUUAAGUGAUGACUUCUGUUAUUAGGGAAUACAAAAAUAUUGUGUGUAGAGGACGAUAACGAGAAGCGAUCUUCUGACAGACAAGCUAAAUACCAUUGACGUAAUCUCGUCCUUCGUCUUUCGAUGUUACAUAACAAUAAACGGUCCUACAAUAUAUAUUUAAAAAAACAAAAACAAUUUACGGUGCAUAUGCAGCGUUUCAAGCUGCAUUCCUGACCUUCAUGGCAUAAUAUAAAAUGGGCAGUUUUAUUUCAAAAAAUACACUUUGAUCUUGCCUCGCUAUUCUGAGACACUCUGUAUCAUAUAAGAUAUUUUUAUAAUGUGCGCACUUUGUGCGUCAACAACUUUCAUAUGAAACUGUUUUUCGAAAGUGCAACACCAUCGGCAAUAAUGGACUAUAUCGCAUUAAAAAAACCACCCUGUAUAUAUUUAAUCUAUUUUCCGGAAUAAAUGACUAAAACCCAGAAAAAUGGUAUAUAAUAAAAUUGAUUUACAAUGCAAAACAAAAUUGUACCUAAUAUAAUAUCUCAGUUUUCAAUGUAUGUAAAUAAUUAUCCAUUAUCCUAUGUUAUAAUAGUAUUUCCACCUUAAAUAAGAGGAAAUGAAAAAAAUCCUCUCAAAGAAGCCUUCGACAGUUCCCUAGAAAAAUGUGGAAAUUUUGAAUCACCAAGUAUACAUUUCACGUACCAAAUAGCGGAUUAUACAGGGUAACUCCGGUUUAAAUUUGCUUAACUUCGAAAAUCAAUACAACAAGUUAGAGUCAUGUCCCUACAUAAUAUAAAAUUGUUGAAACCAAAA